UUGGUAUGUUGAAGGAUACAAUUGAUCUGCGCAAGAAUAAAUGGCAGCAGAGGGGGAAAGUUGAAGGACCAAAAAAAAUUGAGGAAGUGCACAGAGAUGCUGCACAAGAGCGACAGGCACAAGCUAGUAGGCUGGGCCGUGGUCCAGGUAUGAAUCCAUCAGCUAGAAGGGGGGCCCCCAUGGAAUUUAGUCCAAGAGGGUCGACUAUGUUAUCUCCAUCAAAUGCACAAAUGGGUGGUGUCCGUGGGAUGCCCACUCCGGCUUGUGGUUUUGGAAGUCAGGAUGCCCGUGCAGAUGUCCGUGUAGAUGAAAGACAUUCUUAUGAGGGUAGGACCUUGUCAGCCUUGACACAAAGACCUAUGGGUGAUGAUUCCAUUACUUUGGGUCCCCAGGGUGGUCUUGCCAGAGGACCACCUUCAAUGUCAGCUGCUCUCCCUGAGAUAUCUCCUAAUCCUGGAGACUCCAGGAGGAUGGCAGCUGGUUUGAAUGGUUUUAGUUCCCUCUCAGAGCGGGGAACUUACAACCCUAGGGAGGAUCUAAUGCCAAGAUUUGUGCCGCCCGAUAGAUUUGGAGGUCCAGCUGCUUAUGAUCAGUCAAGUGCCCCAGAGCGUAAUAUAAAUUUUGGUGGUAGGGACCCAAGGAGUUCAGAUCGUAGUUUCGAAAGAUCUCUGACUACACCAUCCACACGUACACAGGGGGCAGCUUUAACUCAAAAUGUUCCUUCAGAAAAGUCGGAAGAACAUCUUAGAGAUAUGUCGUUGGGAGUAAUUAAGGAAUUUUACAGUGCCCGAGACGAGAAGGAAGUUGCUCUAUGCAUCAAAGACUUGAACUCACCAAGCUUCCAUCCAACAAUGAUAUCUCUUUGGGUCACAGACUCUUUUGAGAGGAAGGACGGAGAGAGAGAUCUCUUCGCAAAGCUUCUAGUUAAUCUUACCAAGUCCCAGGAUGGAACUUUGAGUCAGUCCCAGCUCAUCAAAGGGUUUGAAACUGUUCUCUCCACCUUGGAGGAUGCCGUGAAUGAUGCCCCUAGAGCACCAGAGUUUCUUGCCCGGAUAUUUGCGAAAGGCAUUUUAGAAAAUGUAGUUUCGUUGAAUCAGAUUGGGCAAUUAAUACAUGAAGGUGGAGAGGAGCCAGGACGACUUCUGGAAGUUGGGCUUGCAGGCAAUGUUCUCGGAAAUAUCUUGGAGAUUAUCAAAUCAGAGAAAGGAGAGAGUGUUCUCAAUGAGAUUCGUACAUCCUCCAACUUGCGGUUGGAGAAUUUCCGGCCUCCAGAUCCUCUCAAAUCAAGGACACUAGAGAAAUUUCUUUAGACAUAGUGAUGCUCAUUGUAAUCGUUAGGAAAGAAAAAAAAAAAAUUCAUGGCCAGUGCUCUUAGGGUGCGUAAUGAAUUUGCAGAAAAUAUUUUUCCAGGUGGGUGGUGGGAAAUUUACGUAUGGGGUUUAUAGUUAUCAUUCUCCAUGUUUCAAUGUUAUUUGUUAAAACAUUACUGCAGUUAUGGAAGGUUCAAUUGAGCAUCAUUUUUUAAUCUC